ACAUUCCACUUAAUCACAAAUUUCCACAGAUCUAAAUCCGGUUACGUUGUUGCAGUCAAGGACAUAUAGAUCAAGUCAUUUUACUUUAUUGUAACUGAAAGGCAGAGACAUUCAAAAUUCUUCGUAGACGAAAAAUACAAAUAUUUUAAUUAUUCGGUGGUUUUAAAGGAAAACCGCGUAAGCGUCUGCUUCCUUGGAGUGAUGGGAAGAGCAGUUAUUAUACUAUGCAUCUGUACCCUUAAUGCUGUGUUUGUUCAAUCAUCAGCCGGGCACUGCCCACCGCUGUCUCGUGGGGUAGGCUAUGCCACGGACUGCUUGACCAGCAAUGGACAGCCAUUCUCCCAAGCUAUGCUGAAGGGGAAAGCUUUCAAACCGGGCUCCGUGUGCCAAUUCCGAUGUCUCAACGGUGACAUGUUUGAGCGCACUUGUCUACCUGAUCUUAGCUGGGAUGGUCUUGACCCGUGUACAGCCCCGGGAAUAAAAUACGAUCUACUGAGUCAGAAGCAACACGAUCUCCUCGCCAUCUAUCGGCUGCGCCGCAAACGAGACUUAAAGGACUUCCUUGGCCAGGCAAGCAGCGUGGUUAACAAGACCCAGAGCGGUUUAAGCGACUUCAGUAGCGCCUUGGACAAAGCCCAGAGUCAGGCAGAGAAGUUGGGCAAUGUGGUUGGAAAGAUUAGCCCAAGUCUAGGUAACAGUAUCAGUCAAGGAGCCGGCAAUGUCAUCAAUAAAGUACAAGAAGGUGUAAACCAGGUGAGUCAAGUGGUGGAUCAGGUGGGAGGAGCUGUCAACAACAUCAAUCAGGCUGUGAAUGGAAAUGGCAAAACAGGAAACCAAGCUGUUGAUACUCUUGGUGCUGUUAACAGCAUUGUGCAGUCUGUACCAGCAAUUGGACAAAGUAAGUUUGGCUCUGCGUUGGGUGGAGCAGCCCAGGGCGCUAUGGCGGGGUUCCAAAUUGGAGGACCAUGGGGUGCGCUUAUAGGGGGCGCUCUUGGACUGCUAGGAGGUCUGUUCGGGGGGAGCAGCAGACAGUCAGUGAAAGUAAUCAAGGAGGAACGAGACAAGGUUCCACCAGUGGUAGAAUGUCCACCAGAGAAUAUUGUGGUUCUUGCUGACCGAGGGGAGACCACAGCUGUAGUGGACCAAACAAAUGCUCCAAACUGGAUUGAUCCACCUAUAGCACAAGACAACCAAGUGAAAGACGGUAUUCCUGCGACGUUAAUUGGUAUGAAACCUGGCUCUGCAUUUCCCGCUGGCACCACACAGCAGGCGUACUUUGUGUCAGACCCGGCAGGGAACACUGACCAGUGUACCUUCUCUAUAACUGUCAUAGUACCCAGGUGUGGUCCUCUUGGCCCCACCAACUAUGGCACCUGGUGGUGUCCCAAAGGAGAUAUAGGUGGCGCCAGAUGCAAGAUAACCUGUCUGCCAGGAUUUGAAGUACGCGGAGCUCAGGAACAGACUUGUGAAGGGAAUGGUGAUGACACAGGCACAUGGACAGGAGGACCGACCGAAUGUGUUGCGCGGCAGUGUCAGUCCCUUACAGAGCCUCCUAAUGUAAAGUUACAGUGUACAGGGAACUACACCUACAACUCUGCCUGUGCCUAUGGCUGUGAGAAGGGGUACGGACCCACCACGGGGGCACUGACCAUUAGAAUUUGUACAGUAGAUGCUCUCGGUCAGAUGUUAUGGACAGGGUCUGAAGGGACUUGUAAAGACAUUGAGCCUCCUAAGCUACAGUGUCCAGUGGGGGUCAUCACCAAAUAUCCAGGCAAGGGAACAACAAAGGCCUACAUAACAUGGCCAUCUAUAAACGCCACAGAUAACUCAGGGGAGGUGGUGUCGCCAGUCCUGAUGACGGUGAAUUUCCCACCAAAUCGUAAAUAUGAUGAGGGAUAUUAUGACAUCAGAUAUGCGGCCACUGACUCUCAGGGGAACAGGGCAUCAUGUGUUUUCUCUGUACGUGUGGCUGUAAUCUACUGCAGACGACUUACCAACCUUCCUCUGGGACGUAUUGAUUGUACUGGUCUGAACUAUGGCUCCACCUGUAGUUUUAGCUGUGGUCUAGGGUACGCUUUAACAGGUAGCAACAGGACUGAAUGUGAUAUGAACCCUGAUGCUGAUGAAGUAGACAUACAGAGAGGACUGUGGACACACAGCAUGCCUUCAUGCAACUCUCUCACCUGUCCUGCCAUUCCAUCUCCCCAACAUGGCGCCACAGUGGAUGACUGUUCUGCUAAACAGUUUGGUGAAUUCUGCAGCUUCACUUGUGACCAGGGCUACGACCUGAUGGGGACAUCGUCCAGGAGAUGUCUGGCUAGGAUGGACGCCAGAGGGCGCUCACAGUCGUACUGGGAUGGCGUGGACAGCACAUGUGACGUCCGAACCUGCAAGACCCUGUAUCCCCCGACCCAUGGUCAGAACACAUCCCACUGCCCCCGCCGUCCACUCUACCAGACCCAGUGUGGGUUUAAGUGUGACCGCGGGUUCAGAAUGCUAGGGGAACCCAUUAACACCUGUCUUAACACUGGGAGGUGGAAGUUCUCAGAACCAACUUGUAGAGCCAAGCUGUGUGACUCCUCUCUGCUGCCUGCACCACAGAAUGGCUACAAGAGUGGCUGUCCUCACACCAAGGAGACGGUGGGUACUGUAUGUACCCUCCACUGUGACCAGGGCUAUCAACCCACACUGCCACGCAGAGUGACCUGUGUGGACAGCGGUCAAGAAGUUGGACAGUGGAGCAACAGCUCCUUUGAUUGUAGACCAAUUCAGUGCCCCGCCCCUACCAUAGCUGGCAAUGGCACAGUUCAGAGGUGUUUAUAUCAAGGCUAUCAGACGGAUGUGUCGUCUCCUCAGAGGUAUGGCACCACGUGUACCUUCCAGUGUGCCAGAGGAUACACAGGGAUUGGGGUCAUGGCACAGGCAUGUCAAGCCACAGGGAAGUGGGAUUCCAGCCAGGCACAGUGUAAAGAUGUCACCCCGCCCCAGUUAGAGUGUCCCACAGACCGCGUGUUGUUUGCAGAGGCUGGUAGGAGAGAUGUGGUGCUGAACUGGGACUGGGAACCUAUAUGGGCUAAAGAUGGAGACAGUCGUAUCCCUGCAGUGUUGGUAGAGAUCAAUUCACAGUCCAUCUCUGGAGUAAAACCCCAGCUGUUGUCAGAGGGAGACCACGUCUUCACCUACCAGGUCACUGAUGGUGCCGGACUGAGAGCCGCUUGCAGUUUUAAAAUCCAGAUUAAAGUCACCAGGUGUCCUCCCUUGGCUCCACCAUCGCCACCUUUUGGUGAGUUAGAAAACUUGGUUGGCCAGGCAACAUGCAGUCAUGCCACCUAUGGGACAGUUUGCAAACAGGGCUGUAAACCAGGCUUUGAUUUCAUUGGCCAGACAGCUCUACGCCGCUGCAGACGCGCCACAGAUACCACCACAGUUGGGUAUUGGGACGGUGUGGUGGGAAAAUGUAAACCUCGGACAUGCAAGGUACCUUCCGUACAAAAUGGAUUUGUUAGUGGUUGUCCAAGCAACGAAUCAUUGGUGAACAGCGUGUGCUUGUUUAGCUGCGACCAAGGUUACCGUGGACCUAAGGGAGCGAAAGAGGUCAAAAGAAUGUGUCAGGGAGAUGGAUCAUGGAGCGGGGAUCAUCUUGUAUGUCAAGAUGUCAGCUGCCAGGCAACCUUUUCUCUUCAGCAUGGUACAGUCAGUCCUCCAUUGUGCCAGCAGGGAGGGGCAGUGCGCUACGGGACCACGUGUGUCUUCACGUGCGAUAAUGGGUACAUACAGCAUGGAUCUUACGCUGCACAGUGCAUGGACUCUGGAAGCUGGAGCACAGCCAGGAAGACAGCAUGCACAGACAAUGAGCCUCCCCAGUUUACUGCCUCAUGUCCACGCUAUGUUGAUGUCACUGCACCAAGUGGUCAAGUGACGGCUUCCGUGACAUGGACGGAGCCCACGGCAACAGACAACUCCCAUAAUGUCACUGUGAAAAGACAAAAGGGUCACAAGUCACCAGGUGGCGUAUUUCAAGAAGGAACAACCAGAGUGACCUAUAUCGCUACUGAUGGUGCGGGACUCUCCUCACAGUGUGAUGUGUAUAUACGGGUUGAAGUGCGUAAGUGCCUCCCCCUCCCGCCUCCACUACAUGGAGAAUAUGACCAGUGCCAGGGUUUUACACCAGUAGGGGGCACCUGCAGCUUCAAAUGUAAUCUAGGUCACCAGCUUUCUGGGUCAAGAGUCCGGACUUGCCAGUACUCUCCUGUUACUGACACUACCAGUUGGACAGGCACAGAAACCAAGUGUGAAGUUGUCACCUGUCCUGCACUGACAGUGCCUAACAAUGCCAUCAAGUCAGGGUGUAUCAGGGAACCACCUGCCACAGAGAAGUUUGGGACUGUGUGCAGUUUUUACUGUCGCUAUGGUUACGGUGAGGUGGGUAACCCUGUCGCCAGGUGUAAGGAGGACGGAGCCUGGGAGAGAGAAGACUUCAGGUGUGAAGUUCAGUCUUGUCCAGCUUUGACAGAAACUUCAGACUAUAAAAUUAGUCCAGCCAAUUGCCUGUCUCAGCCACAGUUUCUGCAGAGCUGUGUUUAUUCAUGUCGGAAAUCUGGUUAUCGUCUGCGUCCAAUUGGUCACGACUUUGUCACGUGUCUUGCUAGUGGAAAAUGGACCAGAGAUAUCCAGAAUCUAAAAUGUGAAGACAUUGAAAAACCAAGAUUUACUCGUUGUCCAUCCGACAUUUUCAUUUAUGCUGAGAAGGGCACAGACUCGGCCCUUGUCACAUGGGAGACACCAGUCGCUGUGGAUAACUCAGGAGAAGCACCAACUGUGACCACAAGUAAUCUUCCAUCUCGAUUCUCAUCUGGCAGUCAUCGCGUGACGUACACAGCUGUUGAUAGAACUGGAAAUAGGCAGAUAUGUGAAUUCACAGUCAAUGUUGAAGUUCGAAGAUGUCCUCGCCUUCAACCCCCUGUGUAUGGAAUAUUUGAUGGACCUUGCAAAAACAGUUACGGCACCAACUGUACUGUGAAGUGUGUGGAGGGAUAUCGCCUACAGGGAGCCAGUACCAUGACCUGUUCUCUGAGUGGGAAUUUAAUGUACUGGGACAUGGAGGAACAACCACGUUGUCAAAUAACUGGCUGUCCUGCCCUGACUCCACCAGUGAAUGGAUUUGUGUACCCCGCGUUCUGUGCUGGUAACUACACCCCCUAUCACGGCACUGUUUGUAAGUACUUCUGUAAGCAAGGCUUUAAGAUGGACUCGCCAAGGAAUGAUGUUGUGUGUGGACUUAAUGGACAGUGGAGUGGAGAUACUUCUGUUGUCAACUGCAAAGAUGUCACCCCACCCCGCAUUUUGACCUGUCCCGGAUCAAUAACAGCCAGUCUGAAUGCCUCCACCCUGACAGCUAUGGUGGACUGGGAUGUCCCGCUAGCAGAGGACAACUCAGGACAACCUCCUCAGAUGACUGUGUCACCAGCUGGGGUGGCGCCACUGUAUGGUUUUAAUACUACGACAGAAGUAGUGUACACAUUUACUGAUGAUGCUGGGAACAGUGCUGAAUGUAGCUUCACUGUCACUGUGCAAGAGGACAUAGCCCCUAUAGUCAGCUAUUGCCCCUCAGGGGUGAGGUCCCAGGCCAAAGGUCACCAGGCUUCAGUCUCAUGGAGAAUGCCUGUCUUCACUCUCCCUGACGGUUCUCUCCCUAUCGUAACCCCCAGUAUAAACAGUGGAGAUUACACCUGGGGUAACCACACUAUACAGUAUAGUGCUCGCAACCCCAAGAAUGGGAAAACAUCUUUCUGUACUUUUAUGGUGUCUGUUGAACCAAAGAGAUGUGCCCCACUUGACCCACCUAAGAAUGGAGCCCUGUCGUGUAACAACUGGGGUUUGGGGAAGUUCUGCUCCAUGGCCUGUAACGAGAAGUGGGACAUCCCCAGAGGAAUCACCGCGGCUACUAUGUUUGCCUGCGGCGCCAACGGGAUAUGGAAACCAACAGAUGAGGUGCCUGACUGUGUGGAGCCCAGAGAUGCCAUAUCCAGAUUGCCAUCAGAGCUGCACUACUUCACAGGUGAUUGCAAUGACCCCUCCACACAGACACAAAUCAAAAACAACUUUAUUCAGAUCCUCCUUGGCUCCAUUCUCAGCAGCAAAUGCAAUCCCAAUGAGGACUGCAAACCAGAGAAUGUACAAGUUACAUGUGGUCCUGUGUCCAUGUUCCGUCGAAAACGGCAAGCAGAUAGUUCUGGACUCCGUUAUGUGACCAAAUUGAACUUUGACCUUCAAAUGGUGGUCAAAACUGCUGGAUACAGAACAACCCAAAGAGAGGCUUACAUGGCCCAGUACAAACUAUACCAGAUGGCUGUGGCAUUGAGAGGCAUGGUAAAUAAUGGAGAUGACCGCCUCACCUUACGAGCUAAUAUUGCUAACAGGGUGGAUAGGCAAUCCUUCAAGCAGGGAAGACCACAGAUUACGUGUAGUAACCCAGAUUUGGCAUUGAGUCAGGCGCUGAAAUGUGUGUCAUGUCCCAGUGGCACCCGUUUUAACCAGGCUUCCCCCCUCCCCAGCAAGUGUGACCCCUGUCCACUGGGGACCUAUCAGAAUGAGUCUGGUCAGCGUCACUGUGUCCAGUGUCCGAGUGGUCACUCAACUCGUGGGACGGGAUCCAAAAAUGCCACUCAAUGUUUGCCUAUCUGUACGCCUGGAACAUCCUCUCUGACUGGAGUGGAGUCCUGUACACCCUGUAAGAAAGGAGAAUAUCAAGACCAGUCCAGUGCCAAGUCCUGCAAUAAAUGUAAAAAUGGCACAACAACAGUGGAUGUGGGGUCCACCAGCUCAACGCAGUGUAAAAGCAUUUGUCCACCAGGCAGUUUCUCUUCCAAUGGAGUUGUUCCUUGUACUUUGUGUCCUUUAAAUACUUACCAGACUGAAGAUGGCAGCACCAGCUGUAUGUCUUGUCCAAGAGGAGCUGUUACAGAGAAGGAUGGUGCUGUUGAUUUAUCUGACUGCAAAGCCAUCAAUGAGUGUCUCUCGUCUCCUUGUCACAGUGGUGGCACCUGUGUAGACCUGAUGGUCGGCUUCCUGUGUCAAUGUCCAGCAGGUUACACUGGCGCCACCUGUGAGACCAACAUUGACGACUGCCUGUCACAGCCAUGUGCUAACAACGGGACAUGUGUGGAUGGAGUAGACAGCUUUACCUGCAGGUGCUUACCUGGAUAUGAAGGUGAUGACUGUUAUUUAAACACAGAUGACUGUGUCAACUCUCCAUGUAAGAAUAACGCCACCUGUAUAGAUGGUUUAAACAAAUUCACAUGUCAGUGCAUGGAGGGGUUUGAAGGUGACCUGUGUGAGACAGCUACAGACUACUGUCAGUCCAGUCCCUGCAAACACGGAGGAACAUGUCAGAGCACCAUUGGCAGCCAUUUUUGUCUUUGCCCUCUGGGAUACAUGGGAAAGAAUUGUGAGAUCAAACAAGAUAACUGCCGUGGUUCGCGCUGUUUGAAUGGUGCAACCUGCAUUUCCACGACUGCUUCUUAUACCUGUACUUGUCCAAAUGGAUAUAGAGGGCGCUACUGUGAACAUGACCUAGAUCUCUGUCAGUCAGCACCCUGUAAAAACGGCGGAACAUGUGUUGAUGUUGGCACAGACUUUACGUGCUCCUGUCCCCCAGGGAAGUCUGGGAAGGUUUGUGAAAAUGACCUAGAUCCUUGUGACCCAAAUCCUUGUCAGCAUGGCGGAUCCUGCUCAGGGCAACCAAGAACAGACAACUAUACUUGCACAUGUGUGCCUGGAUUUGCUGGCGUAGACUGCGAAGUCAAUGUGAACGAAUGUGCUGACAAUCCUUGCUCAGGUGGCGCUGGCUGUAUAGAUUUAGUGAACGACUUUGCAUGUAUAUGUCCUCUUGGUCUGACAGGCAGACGCUGUGAACAAAAAGUCAACUUCUGCUCUGUUUCACCCUGUCAAAAUGGAGGCACUUGUGAAAAUGGCGUCAGUGAUUUCGCCUGCCGCUGCCCAGAGAAAUUCACUGGAAAAACAUGCAGCCAAGUGGUGGCAGUGUGUGAUGUCAACCCUUGUGAUAAUGGAGGAAGAUGCGUCCCUGACGGCAAUGGUGACUUCACAUGUUAUUGCAGUGGUCUGUAUAGUGGUAAGCUAUGUGAUCAGCCGUACACACCCUGUUACUCAGACCCAUGUUACAAUGGAGGACAGUGUGUGGUGACAGGGGACACAUACAGGUGUGACUGCACAGGUGGAUUCACUGGGGACAAAUGUCAGAUUGAUAUAGAUGAAUGUGCUAGCAAUCCCUGCCAAAACAAUGCAACUUGUACAGAUGGAACAUCCUCUUUUACUUGCUCCUGUCCUCCUGGCUUCACUGGCGCCCUCUGUGAGCAGAAUAUAGACGACUGUCUGUCACAACCUUGUGUUACCGGGGCAACAUGCCACGACAUGGUGAAUGGAUUCCGCUGUGAAUGCCCACCUGGAUUCACGGGGCGCACGUGUAACGAGGAGAAAAGUCUGUGUGGCUCCUCUCCUUGCGUCCAUGCUAACCGUUGUGAAGAUAAUGGCGGUCAUUAUCAGUGCAUGUGCUCUGCUGGAUGGACUGGACAACAAUGUGAUGUUGAAAUUGAUGACUGUCAACCCAAUCCAUGCUUGUUUAAUGGCACGUGUGUAGAUCUUGUGAACGGGUACACGUGCACGUGCCCUGAAGGGUUCUCCGGGAAGAGAUGUGAGGUUAAUAUUGAUGAGUGUGAAUCAAAUCCAUGUCAGAAUGGAGCCAAGUGCUUGGAUGGAGUGAACAAAUUCACUUGUAUUUGUCCUGCUGGCUGGACAGGGGCAUAUUGUGAAGUCAACAUUGAUGAUUGCAUCUCACAACCUUGUAAGCAUGGUGCUACAUGUCAAGAUGGUAACGCCACCUAUAGUUGUGUCUGCUCACCUGGCUUCACUGGUAAACACUGCGAGGUCAACAUCAACGACUGUGCAGGAUCACGUUGCAGUAAUGGUGGAACUUGUGUUGACUUGGUGGAUGGUUUUGACUGCAUUUGUGCUGCAGGAUACACUGGGAAGGUUUGUGACCAAGAUCUUGACGAAUGUCAGGAAUUCUCACCUUGUAAGAAUGGGGCUACAUGCAUAGAUGGCUUUAACUCAUAUCAGUGUACAUGUGCUGCUGGCUACUCAGGUGACCAAUGUGAAGUGGACAUAAAUGACUGUGUCCCUAACCCGUGUGGCAAUGGAGGAAGGUGUCAAGAUCUUGUGAACUCCUUCCAGUGUACUUGCCUCCCUGGAUACACGGGUCGUACUUGUGAUGUAGACAUAGAUGAGUGUACUGGAGUCAGCUGUGGACAGGGGGGCACUUGUAUUGAUAAACUGAAUGAUUUCACCUGUAUC